GGCAUAUCACAUCACAUUUCUCGUUGGUAGUGACAUCUUUACAGAUAAUAAAUCUUUGUUAAGAUUGUGUUACAGAAUUUAAGUUUACAAUUGUGUGUACAGUUUGUAAGUCUUUCACAAUAUGUUGGAGAAAACGUCAACUGCGGAUAAUCCACUGUCAAAGGAAGAUUAUUUAAUAAUGCGAGCGAAAGAUGCAUUACCGGUUGACAUUUACGCUGCUAAGUCCUGGUUAAUUACUGCGAAAUCCUUAUUUCCCCAUAGCGCAAAAGUUCAGUUUGAAGCGUACCGGAUAGAAAAGCUUUCGAAAAAUGUGAAAGAAGCAGCAAAAUGUUUUAGCGAAAUAUUUCAGAAUUUUCCAGAUGACAGAGACAUAUGGAAGGAGAUUGAAACAGUAACUGCUUGUCUUCGUUUGGAGCAGUGUGACCCAGAGGCAGAAUUUUUGUGUCAGAUGUUCCAACAUGUACCUCAAGAACUUCAACAUAGACUGCUCAUUAUGACUGCUGAUCAUAGUGAAGAUACAAUGGAACAUUGUAAAUUACUGCUGCUGUUAUUGCGCAGGUUUCCACAGACUAUAGCCACUCAUGGACCACGUUUAGUAGAAACUCUUCUCACUGCAGAGAAACACAGUCAUCCCGGACGUGCAGUGAAUGGAUUCAGGAGAUUGUUAGCUUGUGAUGCAUUGCCUCUUCUUGGUACUGCACCUGUAGAACUGAAUCCAAGACUCUGUCUAAGACUGUUAUGCAAGGCAGUUGAAUUUUAUUUAGCAUAUAUACAACAGCCACAGGAUAACCAAAUUCAAAAUCCAUGGGACAGGCUAUUCCAAGUUGUAGAGUUAAUUGGGAAAAAACUGGGUUGGGAAUUAAGUAGUUUAUUUUCCAUACCCUGGAAUAAAGACACUUAUUGCGAAAGAUUGCAACAAUAUGCUGUUGCACAUGGUGCAAACUUAUGCGAGGAACUAAUAGUUAGGCAAUUAUUAAUGUGUACUGUUGUGGUAUUACUGAGAAUAUUAAAUGAGCACAAUUCAUUUAUUAUUAAUGAUGAAACUACGUAUUGUUUGGUGGAAGCAUUUGGUGAAUGUGUUCAUUCACCUACAGAACCAAAAUUAAAAAAGCGUAAGAGGGACGACAAUGGAGGAAUUGCAUUAACCAGCGAUGGUGAUUAUAGCGGUAACGGCCUAGCAUUAGCUGUAAAGUUGUGGGAUUUGUUACAUAGUAGCGAUUAUUUACAAAGAGAAAUAGGGAAACUAAAUCAACAACUUCGGCUAGACACUUGGCUAAACUUAUUUUUAACAGACUUAGCUAUGUACAAAGGGUUGCAUCAUGAAGUAUUGGCAAGAUUAUCACAAGAAGCAGGUAGUUUAUCUGCUCACCUUCGUUUAGCAAGUACAUGUUUUUUCUUAAAAGAUUAUAAGGGAAUGUUGGAAUAUAUAGUUUUAGUAGUCAGUGCACUACCUUCUGUGACCGGCAAGGUAUCGCACAAUUUAACAGUCCCCUGUGCAAGGCAUUUGCAUUAUUUAACAAUUGCUCGUUUCCCUAUAAUCCAAUAUUGCUGCAGGUUAUUACUUUCAGCAAUAAAGGAAAACUUCUCUUUACCUGGAGGAGUUGGGGACUUAGCUAUAGGACAUGCGUUAGUAUUAAUGCAAAUCGAUUGGCCACAGGAAGCUAGUACUUUAACCACGAUUACAGAACGAAUUAUUAAUCGUGGAUCAUUCGCUUAUCCGUUGUUUCAAGCUUACAUUAUUUGCGUGGAUAUUUUAGAAGAAUUGACAUAUUUAUGGACUGAACAUGGUGGUGGUGUAUCACUGGAUAUCGCAACAGCAUCAGGAGUAGUACAAAAUCGACGCAUUACUACCCGUGGGGCUGAUAAGGGAGUCCGCGAAGAAGUAAAGCAAGCGAUGAGGCGGCAAGCAGCCCGCGACGGAAUUGACCCGUUAGACGAAUUGUUACAAAAGUUUAUUCUUAACGAAAAAACCGCUAUUCUACAUAGUUUAAUCAUACAGUAGUUUUAGCCCUAUUUUCGAUAAUAAAUUUAAUAUAUAAUUUGAAUAAAAUUAUAUAAUUUUUUAUUUCAAAAUAUACACAUGAUCUUUUUAAAGCCAACUUUAAUAUUAUAUACAUAGUAGUUAAAAGAAAGAGUUUGAUUAACAAUCUUCUUGGGAACGCUCCAAAUAUUCUCGAUUUCGAGACUUCAUCCUACUUUUUACAUAUCUCAUUCACAUGAGUCUUUUUAUUUAUAUAGGAUUAAUGAUACAUGCUUAUUGAAUUUCCGUAAGUCAAUUCAGAUGUAAAUUCUAUGUUUUUUAUGAUACAAUUAAGCAACAAAGUUCAUAUUCGAAUAGAUUCAACUAUCCGUACUGCGGUGAACGUUACGGUAAGUUAAUAUAACAUAAACAUCUCAAUGGAUGAGAGUUAUAAAAAUUGCAAGUUAUAAAAAUGAAUUAUAGUAAUCACUUUGCCUUCUACAUUGCGUUUUAUCUAAUGUAAACAUUUAAUUGAAGGGCACUUAAAAGUAAUACUUUAAUACCGGGCAUGAAUGAGGAUAUUUGACUGAAAUCAGGGCCUGAGACUAAUUGCGUGUGUAAGUCUAAACCACCAGUGUAAUUUCCAUUUUGUACCAUCUGUGAUAUUUGAUGCAUUGCUUGCAAAGUGUUUUGAGAUAACUGUAAAAUACACAUAUAUGUAUAAGUACAUUAUAUUUAGAAAUAAUAAUGGUAUAAUACA